AUGAUAUCCAAUAGUUUGGACGAUACGAUUAUUAUCCGGAAAAACCUUUUGCUGCUAGAUAAUGUUACGAAUUUGAAUAAGCCAGCUAUCGAUUAUUUCCAUCACAAUUUCCAAGAAACUUAUGCUAUCUGUGAGACUUGGAAAGUUUUAUUGAAAGUCGGUAAACAUAAAGUGCUCAGGUUGCCUAGUUGUUCCCAGGAAGAUGAAUCUGAUUAUAACUACUAUUUGAAAAGACUACACCAUUGUCUAUGGAGGCGUUGGUCGAUGGAGAACUUCCAGUUGAACGGUAAUGAAAACAAGUACGAUCCUUUACGUAUUAACUGGAAUAAGGAAAAUGAUAUGACUGUACUAUAUGGGCCUCAGUUAUCGGAUGAUUGUGUUGCUGCUACUCAGUUGAUUCCUAAGAAGAAAUCGUCACCCGAUUCUAUGUUCUCUGCUAUGGACAUGGACUCCGACUUGGAGUCUUAUUCUCAAUCGUAUAACAAUUACUCUUCUUCCCCAACCAAUUCAGAUGCUUCAUCCAUCUUUGAAAAUAGCAAGCCUAUUUUGGUAAAGACUAAUUCUUCUGGCUUCGGUUCUCCACCCUCCCACCACUCGAACAAUAAGAACAUAAGGUUCGAUGAUAGUGUUCGCACAAGAGAGAUCGAUCAUAGUGGUGUCAUUUAUGAUGGAACUAGUGCCAUCAACGAUACAUGGGCCAACGAAAUGAUUAUGAGGCAGGAUUGCUUCAUUCUUGAUGUCCACGACAGUGACGAGGAAAACGAUGAAGAUUACGAAAUGGAACUGUAA